AUGGUUGGGGAAGGAAAGCCAAGGGCAGUGAUUGUUGGUGGUAGCAUAGCUGGGAUAUCAACUGCACAUGCUCUUACCUUAUCUGGAUGGAAUGUGAUUGUGCUUGAGAAAACCAAUGCACCUCCUACAAGAAGUUCAACUGGUGCAGGUCUUGGACUUGACCCUCUGUCUCAAAAGAAUCAUUCAAAUCAAGCAACUGAUAAUGAGAAGGUCAGUAGGACCUUGGCAAGAGAUGAGAGCUUCAACUUCAAAGCAGCACAUUGGGCUGAUCUUCAUGGCCUUCUGUACAAUGCGCUGCCAUCAACUGUAUUUUUAUGGGGUCACCUUUUUCUCUCUUUCCACAUUUCAGAUGAUAAGGGUUCUGUCAAAGCAAAGGCUAAGGUUCUAGAUACUGGGACGGUUAUAGAGAUAGUAGGGGAUUUUCUUGUUGCAGCAGAUGGUUGUUUCUCUUCCAUCCGCCAGAAAUAUCUUCAUGAUUCUAAACUCAGGUAUGUAACUCAGAAUGCUGCUGAUUUUAACUCGGUGUUUUUAAACCCUAAACCCUAUUAG